UGAGGUGAUAAAAUGUGUUUCAUGACUGUUACAGCCUGUUUCUCUGACAUGUAUUCAACCACUAUGUGCCUGUGUUCCUCCUUUUCAACUUACUAAAACCUACGAAGUCAUAGAUCUAAUCUCUAAACUGGCACGAUGCUGAGGGGAUGAGGCACUGCAGAUAUCUGGGGGCAGAUAAUCCUGUUUGUCUCCAGAACUGCGGAGGCACAGGAAGAGCUGGCAAGCUGCAGGAGGCCCUGACAUUUGCCCAUCAGUGUAAGGAUGAGCCAUCUCUGGGUUGUUGUCAUUCAGCCCAAUGCCUGGGACUUGGUUUUGUUUCAUCGUUAAAUAAAAGCGGUGCUUUUCCAAGAAAGGUCAUUGUAAAAUUGGAUUCAGGAACAGAAUUUUUAUUUCUCGAUGUGGAGGCAAGUUUUGCUCUACUUCAGGACUCACAGAUACCAUGCAGACAACUUUCAAGCAAAGGAGACCAUCCAAAAUGAAUAUGAAGAGGACAUUACAACAGCACAGUGGAUUUUCAAGCCCAUGGGAUCAGAGCGGAUGGAGAUGCGCAAACGGCAGAUGUCUACAACCCAGGAGACCCCAGGUGCCGCACAGACUCAGCACAGCACAGGAAAUCGGGGGUCCAACGCCUGUUGCUUUUGUUGGUGCUGUUGCUGCAGCUGCUCAUGUCUUACUGUUAGAAAUCAAGACGAAGAGAGAGCAAGGAGAACAUCUCAUGAACUCCAAGCAGAGGAUAUAGCAAACUGUGAGGAAAGCCCUGCUCCUACUCUUGAAGAAGUAAAUGCCUGGGCUCAAUCAUUUGACAAGUUGAUGCUUACUCCAGCUGGCAGAAAUGCUUUUCGUGAAUUUCUACGAACAGAAUUCAGUGAGGAAAACAUGCUUUUCUGGAUGGCCUGUGAGGAACUAAAACAAGAAUCCAACAUGAGUGUCAUUGAAGAAAAAGCAAGACUGAUUUAUGAAGAUUAUAUUUCUAUCCUUUCUCCAAAAGAGGUCAGUCUGGACUCCAGAGUAAGAGAAGUUAUUAACCGAAAUAUGCUGGAACCCUCACAACAUACCUUUGAUGACGCACAGCUUCAAAUUUAUACCUUAAUGCACAGAGACUCCUACCCACGGUUUAUGAACUCUGCUAUUUAUAAGGACUUGCUUCGGUCCUUAUCUGAAAAACCCACUGAAGCAUAGAAUUUUUUCUUAAAUGUAUUUAUUAAGAAAAAAAAAAAAAAAAAAAAAAAAAAAAGAACUCUAGGCUACACCAAUCCACAGGGAAUAUAGAAUUAAUCAGAUAUUUACCUGAAAAUAACUCAGGCAAGUUUUGCUACAGACUGAAUGAUUUAAACCUGCACAAGGCUCUGACACAAUCACCUAACUACAGUUUCUGAUCAAAUUCAGUGUUACUUUGCAAAAGAGAAUGAAGAUGCAAUGUUGCUGUUCAAAAAAAAAUGCAGUACUUUUUUUCAAAUGAUGCAAGUCUCUUAUAUUUCUGAGGUACAAACACCAACUGAGCAUGAAAACUAAAUUUUAUUUAAGUGGAGUGUUAGAAUUUUCUUGAAAACCAAACUAUUUCCCCCAUCAACACCAUGACGAAAGUAAAAACAAUACUGUCAAUAUCUGGGUUACACUAGACAAAGUUUCACAUAUUGUACCUGGCACAGGUACACUCCACUUGUCUUGGUAUAUUUAAUGCGUAUAUGGUAUGCUAAUGGAAAUCAAUAUGGCAAUCUCAAGCUUAUGAAAGCUAACCGUUGAAAUAAUGCUGCCUAUAAAAAUCUUUUGCUGAAGAAUUGUUAUUUUAUUACUAGAGUCUGCUGAAAGCAUUUUUAAGUUAUAUUGUUGAUAUUUAUAAAGUUAAAUUAUUUACUUAAGAGGAAGAAGAGUCUGGGCAUUUAAAUUCCAAAAUAAAGCACAAGAAUUCUCA